AUGACUGGUCUAAAUGUUGAAGUUGACAGGAUAUUGGAGAUUGCAUGUAUAAUUACUGAUGGAAAAUUAACCAAAUCAGUGGAGGGUCCAGAUUUAGUUGUACAUCAGACAAAAGACUGUAUGGAUAAAAUGGGUGACUGGUGUCAAACUCAUCAUGGAGCCAGUGGGUUGACGAAGAAAGUGCUCCUUAGUACGAUAAGUGAAAGGCAAGCUGAGCAAGAGGUGGUUGAUUUUGUAAAGAAGCAUGUUCGUUCUGAAAAUCCACUUUUAGCUGGAAACUCUGUGUAUGUGGAUUUCCUCUUCUUAAAGAAGUACAUGCCAGAUUUGGCUGCUCUUUUCCCUCACGUACUUGUCGAUGUCAGUAGCGUCAAGGCUUUGUGCUUCAGAUGGUUCCCCAAAGAGAAAAGCAGAGCUCCUGCAAAGAAAAACAAUCACAGAGCCAUGGAUGAUAUAAGAGAAAGCAUCAAGGAGCUUAAGUACUACAAGGAAUCAAUAUUCAAAAGG